CAGAUGAGGAGGACAUGAAGAACAAAUACAUCCAUGUUCUUGUUUGUUCCUUGAAAGGCAUUUCUCUCCUGCUCACCUACACUACCAGAAAUACUCAGAAAAAACCAGAUGUGAUUGCAUUGGUUCAGCCUCUUAUCCAGAAUCCCAAAUUUUGGAAAAUGUCAAAACACAAGCAUUCAAUGGUACGCAUUGCUUGGUUUUCUAUGUUAAACAACAUGUUCGAGUAUGACUCUGGUCUCCUAAAAUGCUACAGUGAAGAAGUGAGUCAUGUCAUCCUCCCAUCGCUGGAUGACCAUGAAGGAGCUGUUUUAUCACACAUCUGGGUGGCUUUCUUGCACUUGUGUAUCAUGUACCCAGCACUUUGGAACGAAGGGAACAACAAGUCAGUCUUUAACCGACUGUACUCUGUUCUGCGUGACUGUGGCCGAGGAAGUGCAGCAGAGCUUUAUCCUCAUUUGUUGCCAAUAAUAAGCAUCAUACCAGAGGAAGCAGUAGGAGACAAAACAAUGUUUUACGUCGACUUUCUCAGAGCAGUGUCCACUGGGUUGAACAAGAACAGAAUGACUCUCAGCAGUAGGGACAUCCAUGCCAUACUAAAGGCACUGUUUGAAUGUUUGAAAUAUGUCAGCAUGAAUAAAACCGAUGCUUCACUCUGGGAAAUUCUUAUGAAAUAUCAGAUUAUAGAGCCACUCAAGUCGUCCUUCAGCAACACGCCAGCUCUAAGCACCUCAAUCCUUUAUCGUGAAGUGUCAGAGAUCUUGCGGUUUUGGACCUGGAAAUCCCACACAGAAGAGGACCAGGAGGCAAUAGGAAACCUUCUUGUGCUGUUUAGGAAAAACUUUAUCCCAGAAUGUGAAAACUGUAUACAGAAUGGGAAUGAAGCCACUCUCUCCAAGAUGAAAGACUUCUUUACCAUUUUAUGGGACCCUACAUCCAAGUUCACCAGCAGAAGAGAAGGAGUCCGGUUUACAGAUGAAAGCAAGAAAGCCAGCAUAGACAUGAAAGAGGAGGAAGAUAUUACCAACCAAAAGAAGAAAGAGCAGGUGUUCUUGGAGCAUGCUGCCAAAAAUAUUGCUCUGCUGACUCUGACAUGUCAUGAGGCCUUUUUGGAAACUAAAAGUACAUCAGUAUACAAAAUCUUUGCCAUCCUCUUGUCCUCCUUCCCAUCAGAUAGAGUUUAUACCUUGUUGUUGAAUAAACAAGAUGAGGAAGAGGUCAGCAAACUACAGCUGAUGAAAUCGAUCAUCCAGCCUAAAUUAGAGAUUCAGAAUCCAGCUUUGGCAGAACACACUGUUGACAUUUUCAUGGGUGUAUAUACACUCAUGUCUCCAGAGGAGCAGAAGUUGGUCCUCCUUGAAAGCAAGAGGACCAACUUCUGCUCCUCUGGAGACAUGAGUGUUAUAUACACCCUGAAAUGUCAACAGUGUGUUCUGCCAAAGCUGGAUUCUGAAUCUCUAAUUUAG